AUGGCCAAAGAUGACUCCACUGCUCGUUGCUUCCAGGGCCUGCUGAUUUUUGGAAAUGUGAUUGUUGGUAUGUGCGGCAUCGCCCUGACUGCAGAGUGCAUCUUCUUUGUAUCCGACCAGCAUAGCCUCUACCCGCUGCUCGAAGCCACUGACAAUGAUGACAUCUAUGGGGCAGCCUGGAUUGGCAUGUUUGUUGGCAUCUGCCUCUUCUGCCUGUCCGUUCUAGGCAUUGUAGGCAUCAUGAAGUCCAACAGGAAAAUUCUGCUGGCGUAUUUCAUUCUGAUGUUUAUCGUAUAUGGCUUUGAAGUGGCAUCUUGUAUCACAGCAGCAACACAACGAGACUUUUUCACGCCCAACCUCUUCCUGAAGCAGAUGCUGGAGAGGUACCAAAAUAAUAGCCCUCCAAACAAUGACGACCAAUGGAAAAACAAUGGAGUCACCAAGACCUGGGACAGACUCAUGCUCCAGGACAAUUGCUGUGGUGUAAAUGGUCCAUCAGACUGGCAGAAAUAUACGUCUGCCUUCCGGACCGAGAAUAAUGAUGCCGACUAUCCCUGGCCUCGUCAGUGCUGUGUGAUGGACAGUCUUAAAAAACCUCUCAACCUGGAGGCCUGCAAGCUAGGAGUGCCUGGUUACUACCACAAGCAGGGCUGCUACGAACUCAUCUCUGGACCGAUGAACAGACAUGCCUGGGGGGUCGCCUGGUUUGGAUUUGCCAUUCUCUGCUGGACUUUUUGGGUUCUCCUGGGUACCAUGUUCUACUGGAGCAGAAUCGAAUAUUAA